GCCGAGCCUGCGGUAGGGCCUGGGCCUUGUCAUGAACCCUGCGACGCCCAUACCCAUGGAGGUCCUGGGGGAGCAGAAUGGGGAAGAAGCGGCCCCCAUGCUGGGGCCCUCCAUACACUCUGACAACCCGGAAGAGCGGAUCCAGGCCCGGCGCUUCCGCAUCGCUGCUCGUCUGGAAGCCCGGAGGCGGGAAGCACUGGGAGAAUACUUAGAUGGGAAGAAGGAGAGUGAGGAAGACCAAAGCAAGAGCCACAAGCAGAAGGAAGAAAGCAGACUGAAAUUGGCUAAACUGCUGCUCUGUGGCACAGAGUUGGUGACCAAUAUCCAGGUGGCUACAGACAUCAGAGAGAUCCACAGGCGGGUGGAAGAAGAGGAGAUAAAGCGGCAGAGGGUCGAGAAGCUGGAAAAUGAAGUGAAGACCAGCCAGGACAAAUUUGAUGAAAUCACCGCCAAGUGGGAGGAAGGCAAACGCAAGCGGAUCCCCCAGGAGCUGUGGGAGAUGCUCAACCACCAGCAGCUGCACUGUGCUGGGCUCAUAGAGGAUAAGAACAAGCUGAUCAACGAGUUACAGCAGGAGUUAAAAGCAAAGGACGACCAGUUCGUGAAGGACUUGAAGAAACAGUCAGAUGACAUUGCCUUGCUUCUGGAGAGGAUGGAAGAGCAGGUGAAGAACAUGAUGAAAAACUUCCGCCAGGAGCUCUCUCACAUAGAGAAAGCCUUCGAGGUGGAGCGCCUGGAGCUGCUAAACAGUAACAAGAAGAAAUGGGAGCGGGCACUGCAGACUCACAAUGCCAAAGAGCUGGAGUACCUUAUGAACCGCAUGAAGAAGGUGGAGGACUACGAGAAGCAGCUGAACAAGCAGCGGAUCUGGGACUGUGAGGAGUACAACAUGAUCAAAAUCAAGCUGGAACAAGACGUGCAGAUUCUUGAGCAACAGCUUCAGCAGAUGAAAGCAACCUAUCAGCUGAAUCAAGAGAAGUUAGAGUACAAUUUCCAGGUACUGAAGAAGAGAGAUGAAGAAAGCACAGUGAUUAAAUCUCAGCAGAAGAGGAAAAUCAAUCGGCUGCAUGAUAUACUUAACAACCUGAGAUCAAAAUAUGCCAAGCAGAUAAAGAUGUUUCAAGAGGAGAAUCAGUCUCUGACCUCCGAUUACCAACGGCUGGUAAUACAGUUCAGAGAGCUACAAAAGGCCAUGAGGCACUUUGCUUUUAUCGAUGAAGAGAAGUUUCGAGAAGUUUGGCUGAUGAAUGAAGAGGAGGUGAAGGCCAUAGUGGCCAAAGCCUUUGAUGUUGACAUGGUCAUCAGUACCCAGCACCUGGGGCUCCCAUGGACGGCACCUGAUUUCUGGUUCCUGAAGAACGUGGGGCCCCUUUCCCAGCAGCAGCAGAAGUCAGCCGCGCAGAUAGUAGAAGAAGUACUGAUGCAAACAGAAGAGGAAGGGGCAGAAGCCUUGGAAGUAGAAACUUACAUGGACCUGCCCAAGCAAAUUUCAGCACAAACCACCCGAAAAAUCCUGACGCUUCUGUGUGAUGAAUCGGGCUUCCUUAUAGAGAGCAAACUGCUGAGCCUGCUACUUCCCCUGGAGAGAAGCGAAUGCUAUCUGCUGAGGUUGGAUGCCAUCUUCUCUGCCCUUGGAAUCGAAAGUGAAGAUGACCUGUAUAAACUGGUGAACUUCUUCCUGAAGUACCGAGCCCAUCAGCUAUCACCCAGCCAGGUAAGAUCGAGCUUGGUGUCAGCACUGGAGAAAUCAAGCUUGGUGUCAGCAUUGGAGAGAUCGAGCUUGAUGUCAGCAUUGGAGAGAUCGAGCUUGAUGUCACCCUCAGAGAGGGAAGUAUCAGCACGGGAGGCAUCUGCAGAGGAAGGAGAGGGGACCCUCUUGGGCGAGGAUGCAGAAGAGCAGCCCUCAGUUUCAUCCCAGCUAAUCCACCCCAAUGAUGUUCUCAAGAUUCUGGAGGCCUUCGUCAUGGGGCUGAAUAAACCCAGGGACUUUCCUACAACAUCGAAAAAGCGGAAAAGUGGGCGAGAUGACUCAAAAGACUCGCAGUAUUGGGAGGCGCUGACAACCGUCAUCCCUCCGGCCAAGCAGAACCUCUGGGAUGCGCUCUACCGAGCCUUGGAGAAAUACCACGACGUGCUGACCCAGAGGGCCAGGCUGCUGAGAGAAAACAAUACACUGGAGAAGCAGAACGCAGACCUUCAGGCGAUGCUGCAGCAGUACCUGCACUCCAAGAUAAACUCUGAGCUGCAGGUACCUCCAACUCAAGUGUUCCGGCUGCCCACAAAUUAGAGGCAAAUCUGAGCUGGUGGUGAUGCCAAAGCCAGCACCUACAUAUCUC